CAUGGGGCUGCGUCAGGGUCCCUCGCUGGUAGUUCGGUGUCCCGCUUCACCGCCCGGCAGAAUGCUUGGCUCCGGUCCACCGCCAUCGUCGUUAAGCUCUCACUCACUUUCCGACGUCAGCUGCUCCAGAGGUUAACGUCUUUGUUGACUUUGGCCUGGUGUCGACAAUUAGCUGAAAUUAUGUCUUCGUCAUCUGGCACAUCUACGCCUAAAGCGCAUAACAGGCAUCUCUCAGCAGAUGAUCGACGUCGAGUACUGCGACCGCGAAGCUCUACCAAAGGUCCAUUAGAUGAUCCAUUGUCGGUUUCAUUGCCCGCUCUCUCGCUUUCCCCUAGCCCUGAUCCCACUCCACGAGCUGUGACUCCUUCGCCAUCCAAUCCGCCCACACUAGACCCUGAGCUUGUUCUAGCAAGCAUAGACCGACCGCUCAGGGAUUUUGGCUAUCUUUUACGGCCCGAAAUAUAUCAUCCGUUGAGCCAAUUGGACGUUCCUCAAGCUUUCCGGGAAUCUCCCUAUCAGCCCUCACCCGUUGCACCACUCCCGGAGCUUCUCGCACAAGGCCAUUUUCGAGCCGCAGCCAUCCGGGCUGCCUCGACGCUGACGACCGAAGUAUCUCCAACAGCUCAUGCGGAAAUCUUUUCGCUCUUAUAUACUCGCCUAGCAUGUCUCACACUCAUAAACCAAACGGUGAUUGCCGCUCAAGAGGUCAAGGCACUGGAGGAUCUCAAUUCAACCUUCUACCGCGAUCCCAUUACCGAAGCGCACCUGGUACCGUGGGAACUCCGAGUGCUAGCUGUGCGUCUUCAAGGAAUUGGCUAUGGCGAUUGGCGUCGAGGCGUAAUGGGAUAUUAUGAAUUAGCUCGUGACGCGCGUUUCAGCCUUGCCAAAGCCAGAUCAAAGUCGACCCCGGACGAAGCAGAGAUUCGUCUCUGGCAAGACCGCCUCUGGGAUCUUGGUCUCCGCGUUGGAAAUGCGCUCGUUGAAAUGGGUGAUCUGGAGACGGCCGUGAGGCAUCUUGGCUCGUUGAGACCUACUUGUCAUGGUCCCGCUGCUCAAGCGAUGAAUACUAGGCUGGCUCUGAUAUACCUUCGCGGCGGCAAUGUCACAGCGGCGAGACAAUGUCUAGCGCGAUCUGAUGAAAAUGGAGAAGCAGCUAAAGAAGAGAUCUCUGGGGGAGUUGUUGAUGCUUUGUGCAGUAUGGCGGAUGGUGAUUUUAACCUGGCUGUGUCACAGUGGCGCGCUCUAUUAGACAAGAAAGAUUCUUCUGCCAACGCUAAAGAAGAACCUUCAGCAGCAGAGGGUGAAGGAUCCCAGUCUCAAAACGAGAUGACUUCGCACAAAGUUGAAACAGCUUCAGAUGCAGCUGCGAAAGAUACAACGCCGGACAACACUGGCCCGCCCAGUAGCUCGGCACGCCUUGACCCUGGCCUGCACGCUCUCAUUGCGCAAAACCUCGCUGUGUGUCUAUUAUAUUCCGGUCGGUUGUUAGAGUCUCGCUCUCUACUCUCAUCUCUAAUCCCGCCGUCAUCAUCUGCUCCUGCUGAAUCGCAAGCACCUUCGCCGACAAAAGACCCUGAAUCCCCAUCUCAUCCUGCCACGACGCCAACGCCAGUAACGCCACCAAUGACUCAAGCAAGUAUAUUCAAUCUAUGCACCAUCUACGAACUGUGCACCGAGCGCAGUCGCUCUUUGAAACUCGAUUUGGCAGGACAACUAGCCGCCUAUCCCCCGUCAGGGGCCUCACCAAUACCAACAACAGCAUCAUCAUUACCAGCGCAGUCAGAACCUAUCAAUCCAUUAUCAUCAUCGCCUUCCUCACAGCAAGAGUCCCAAUUUACCUCUCAAGCAUGGACAUCCCAGCCCCUCCCAUCAAGGCCUGUGGCUGUAAGAUGGGAAAAGGAGAAUGCGACGUUUAAAUUAUAAUCCCCCCCUUUCUCACCCUUGGGCCCCUUUCCAUUUUCCAUCUUCUCAGCCACGGCCCUUUUCUGUCUCGCUUCCUGCCUCUUUUUCUCUUCCCUCUUUCCUCCUUUCGGAAAGAUAUAUACCAAAUACCGAUACCAAUACCAAACCACCUAUACGCUUCUCAACCAGUAUUCAAAUUGCAAAUAUAUCCCGUAUUUCUAGAGCAAUCUUUAUCAAAUGAUCUUCCUAUUCCAACCAUUCUCCAAA